AUGGGCGGUGCAGGCGCAUUCCUUGAGCCUUUGGCCGUCAUCGUCCUCCUCUUUGGCGGUGCCUGGAUCAACCGUGCCCCGGAUUCCUUCUCAUUCUCGCGGGGCCCUCUCACCUUCUCGUCCGAGGAAGAUGAUGACACCGACGUCCCCGACCUUCCGCUCGCUCGCGCGGUCGAUGCCGACGCAGACGCCGAUGUUGAAAACCAGCACAUCUCCCGAUCGAAGCGAUCUCUAAGCCCAUCUCUAUUGCCGAGUCAAGAGGACAAAUGGCGGGAGCGGGAGCUCAAGAUACCUGUGUGGGGAUAUCGGAGGGUGAUCCAGACACCAAAUACCGCAGUGUUCAGGCAUAGACUGCUGAGUAGAAUAUUGCACAAGUUUCCCUUCUUGGUAGAGGCCUGGUAUUGGGCUCUGAUCUAUUGGGUCUACCAGCUCGGCCGCGCAUUUACUGCUGUCACGUUAGUCGAAGGCACCGUCCACGUUGCCCGCCGACAUGCGCUGCAAGUCAUCGAACUCGAACAGCAUCUGCACAUCUUCUGGGAAGUCCCCAUCCAGAAGUUCUUCAUGUCCUAUCCGCGCUUGAUGAUGGGCAUCAAUUGGCUGUACAGCUUUAUCCAUAUUCCAGGCACCAUCGCGUUCUUGGUGUGGCUGUUCUACUAUACAAUCACGAAGAAUCGGCAGAUUCAACGCCGUGCAGCUGCACAGUCAGGUGAGAAAGCGAGCGACGUCGGACCGGCAGGAUCACCCUCGGGACCGUGGCUCUACGAAGCGCGCAGACGGACGAUGGCGGUCUGCAAUCUGCUAGCGUUCGUCGUUUUCACGCUGUGGCCAUGUAUGCCGCCUCGAUUGCUGAGUGACCCGGAAUACAAUGGACCUCAAGCCGAAAUCGCACAGAGCUUUGGGUUCGUUGAUACUGUGCAUGGCAAAGAAGGCGCAAGUUCGGUGUGGACGCAAAAUCGGUUCUGCAAUCAAUAUGCGGCAAUGCCCUCCCUGCACUUUGGCUACUCUCUCCUGAUCGGCGUCACCAUUAUGACGAUCCCGCUUGCGCCCCAGCACUCGCAGCCCUCGAAGAUCGUCCAUCUUCCGUUCUUCAACAACUCCCACCCGGACCUUGCCCCUCAUAUCCGGCUGCCCAGCACGCGGCGCAUGCUCUGCCUUGCCCUCGGCUUCUUGUACCCUUUUUCCAUCCUGACAGCCAUCGUCGCGACAGCGAACCAUUUCAUCCUCGACGCGGUCGCAGGCUCAGUCGUGUGUUUUCUGGGCUGGAAAUUCAAUGAUGUCCUCCUCAACCUGCUCGUGGUUGAGGAUUACUUCCUCUGGUGUCUGAGGAUCCACAAGCCUGUCCAGGUCCCGCUGCAGGCCGAAAGGCAAGCGAAGCCAGCAGGAUCGGGGCUUAAAGAGAAGGAAGGAUGGGAGCCGGAGAAAAGAACUGUGGUGGUGAAUGCUGCUUGA